GAUACUUUACAGAGGAGGGAUGUAUUGAAACAGACUACUGCUACUUACAGCACCGUAUAGCAGCCCAGCUCCUGCAUUUUGCUGCCUUACUCUGCCCCGAAUGCACUGAAGUGGGGAUGGUCCGUCAUUAACUAUAAACUGAUCUUCAUCAGGAAACUGCAUAUUAUCUCAUCAUCACUUCAAAGGUCUCGUCAGGCAGAGGUGAACGCCAGGAGAUGAUUUAAAGGUGAAAAUGACAAGGUUUCCACCCCUCAAACCUUGGCUUCUUUUCUGACAAUACAGUCUGAAUGAACCCGAUGUCUCCUUUAUUGUGGAAAUAGCGUUGGAAGAGAAAAACAUUUUUUAAAAUCCUGAUAAAGAAGAUUAUUGGGAAGCUCUUUUUUAAAAAAAUCUCAAAUUGUGGCACAGAUGGAUUUUAGAAAGUGUUAGAGCUUUCCAAUGAACACUAAUAGAGUACUCUGCUCUUGGCUGGAUUUUUCAGAGAAUGGCUAUGGUCUCUGCGAUGUCCUGGGUUCUGUAUUUGUGGAUAAGUGCUUGUGCAAUGCUGCUCUGCCAUGGGUCUCUUCAACACACUUUUCAGCAACACCACCUGCACAGACCAGAAGGAGGGACAUGUGAAGUGAUAGCAGCACACAGAUGUUGUAAUAAAAAUCGCAUUGAGGAGCGGUCACAAACAGUGAAGUGUUCCUGUCUACCUGGGAAAGUGGCUGGAACAACAAGAAACCGACCUUCUUGUGUCGAUGCCUCCAUAGUGAUUGGGAAAUGGUGGUGUGAGAUGGAGCCUUGCCUAGAAGGAGAAGAAUGUAAGACACUUCCUGAUAAUUCUGGAUGGAUGUGCGCUACAGGCAAUAAAAUUAAGACCACAAGAAUUCACCCAAGAACCUAACAGAAGCAUUUGUUGUAGUAAUAAAGGAAAACCAACUCUGCGGAAAAUACAUUUUAAGAAUUUAAAACAUCUAACACAUUACAAGCCAAAUAGAUUUCUUAUUUGCACUUUGACUGGUUACCAGAUAAUCACAGUGCUUUUCCUAUGUGUUAUGAAGUGGAAAGACCCAGAGUCUUUGGCUAACACCAUGGAAAAUGUGUUUUAAAUAUAAAGUUUUCUCAAUGAAAAUUUUGGGGAUAAUGAAGAACGAUCAACUCGCUUCUAAUUUGGAUCUAUAGUUACUUUAUACCAUUGGAAAUAUAUGUAUAUAUAAUAUUUUGAGAUAUUAUAUAUUCUCUUCAAAAAAUGAACAGUACCACAGUUUGAGGCAUCUGGUAUAGCUCUUUGAGUUUUGGAUGUUUCGUUUUGUUUCUUUUUGUUGUCGUUUCUUCUUCUAUUGGCAAAGAAGACAUGUGCCCUUUUGAGAGUUCGACAUGGCACUCACACCGGAAGGCCAGCCACAGGUGGACUCCUGGGAUCUGAGGCAUCAUAAUCCCGAAUCAAGCACUUCCUUCUGUUUCUGCCAGACGGCCCGAGGAGGCACAGCAUCCUGUUUUAUUGCUUUCUGCCCUGUGCAAUAUUAGCAUGCAAGCUUGGCUUACAUAACCAUACUUUAUAUUCAAUUGAUAUAUGAUAACCAUUUUAACCUCUUCCAGGAAAAUAUUUUUAGAACUACAAGCUUUUACACAGGUAACAAAGCGAGGAUUCUGGAGGGAGCUGCUCCACCAUGCUAGUAAGACUCUGGCAGGUGUAUGGUAGAAUAUGGAUCUCUGUAUUAAUAAAUCCUGUAAAUACAAUGUCUUAAGGCUUUGUAUAGCUGUCCUAGACUGCAGAAAUGUCCUCUGAUUGACUCCAAAGUCUGGUAUCAUUAAGUACAUAGUGCUGUAGCAAAAAGUCUUAUCAUGGCACCUUUUUCUGUAUUUGAUUUGCUUUUUCCAAGAGCAUUCAGAUCUCUUCUGAUGAGAUAGGAAAACCAUUAAAGCAAUUAGGUUUCAGAAUAAUCUAUGUGACCAAAUGUUGGACAGCCCUAUUAAAGUGGUAAAUAACUUCUUUCUAAA